UGGCUCUCUGUUUUGAUUGGUCGGCUCCCCUCUACCAGCGCAGUGGAAAGAGGACGGCUCGUGUUAGUCUCAGAAGUCAUCAUGGCGCUCACUGCCCGAAGCAAAGAGCAUCCAUACAGCCAUCUGAUCGACUCACUGAGAGAUGGCAGCAUCAAGUUCUUCAAUCCACGGAAAUUAAAUGAUCCAAGAUAUGACAAACUGCCUCUUUCCAUCCGUGUCAUACUGGAGGCAGCGAUUCGCAACUGUGAUGGCUUUUACACAAAACAAGAGGACGUGCAGAACAUCUUGGACUGGCAGCAGCAACAGGACAAAGCAGAGGUGCCAUUCUCACCAGCACGAGUUCUUCUGCAGGACUUCACUGGUAUUCCUGCUAUGGUGGACCUGGCAGCCAUGAGAGACGCUGUGUCCAAACAUGGUGUCGACCCCGCUGUAGUUAACCCUAAAUGUCCCACGGACCUCAUAGUAGACCACUCACUUCAGAUUGAUUUUAACAAGUGUGCGAUACAGAACACUCCCAACCCUGGUGGAGGGGACAGUCCAAACCAGACCCAGGCUUCUUCUCGCUCAACUCCCUCCAGGCCUCCGUCCAGAGGUGGCUCACAGUGUGGUGGCCAGCGGGGCUCUUGCAGUAAAACUGCCUGCAGUGACCCCCCAACCUCCUCGAGUCAAGCCCCAGCCUUUGUCCAGCAGAUCGAGAACACACCCCUCCUCUGUCCUUUCCAUCUGCAGCCUGUCUCUGAAACUGAAACAGCUGUAAAAAAUCAGGAAAUGGAACUGAUCAGAAACAAAGAGAGACUCCAGUUUUUCAAGUGGUGUUCAAAAGCUUUUAAGAAUGUGAACGUGGUUCCUCCCGAAGUCGGAGCUGUGCACCAGGUGAACUUGGAGUAUCUAUCCAGAGUGGUGCAGGUCAGCGAUGGUUUCAUCUACCCUGACAGCGUAGUGGGAACUGACUCCCACACCACAAUGAUCAACGGCCUGGGCAUCCUUGGCUGGGGUGUUGGAGGAAUUGAGUCUGAGGCAGUGAUGCUGGGACAGCCAGUGUCUCUGACUCUUCCCCAAGUGGUGGGCUGUAAACUGGUGGGCUCCAUUAACCCCCUGACCACAUCCAUCGAUAUCGUCCUUGGAAUCACUAAGCAUUUACGUCAGGCUGGAAUCUCUGGGAGGUUUGUGGAGUUUUUUGGCCCUGGUGUCUCCCAGCUGUCUGUUCCAGACCGAACCACCAUUGCCAACAUGUGCCCAGAAUACAACGCUACUGUCAGCUUCUUCCCCGUUGACCAAGUCGCACUCAAGCACUUUAAAAAGACAAAUUUUACGCAGGAAAAGCUUGAACAAUUGGAGUCUUAUCUAAAGGUUGUAAAUAUUUUCCGAAGCUAUGAAGAAGCCUCAGAAGACCCCCAGUACUCUGAGGUGACUGAAAUCAACCUGAGCUCCAUGGUGCCCCACGUUAGUGGACCUAAAAGAUCUCAGGACAGAGUGGCCAUCAGCAACAUGAAGGAGGACUUUCAGAGAUGUCUUGAUGAGAAGUUGGGUUUUAAAGGUUUCCACAUCUCCAAGAAGAAUCAGGAGAUCUGUGUUCCAUUCAUGCACUGUGGUCAGGAGUAUCAGCUGGCACAUGGCUCCGUGGUCAUUGCUGCUGUUAUCAGCUGCACCAACAACUGCAACCCAUCUGUCAUGCUCACUGCAGGUCUUCUGGCCAAAAAGGCCAUUGAGGUAGGGCUUAUGGUAAAGCCUUACAUUCAGACCACCCUGGCUCCUGGAAGCGGUAUGGUCACUCACUACCUCAGUGCCAGUGGAGUCCUGCCUUACUUCAACCAGCUGGGGUUUGAGGUGGUCGGUUACGGCUGCUCUACCUGCGUUGGGAACACAGCACCUUUACCUGAAGCUGUUGUCGAUGCCAUCAAACAGGGCAACUUGGUGGCGUGUGGUGUUCUGUCUGGCAACAGGCACUUUGAAGGCCGCCUGUGUGACUGCGUGCGUGCCAACUACCUCGCUUCCCCUCCCCUGGUGGUCGCCUAUGCAAUCGCAGGCACUGUGGGAAUUGACUUUGAGAAGGAGCCCCUGGGUGUGACAUCAGAGGGCAGGGAGGUGUACCUUUGUGACGUCUGGCCGUCCAGGGAGGAGGUUCAGCAGACGGAGGAGGAAGCGGUCAUCUCCUCCAUCUUUAAGGACCUCAGAGGAAGGAUGGAGAAAGGGAACAAGUUUUGGAACAACCUGGAAUGUCCGGACUCUGUCCUUUUCCCGUGGGAUCCUAAGUCUACAUACAUCCGUUUACCACCGUUCUUCAGCAAACUGAGUAAAGACAUCCCCGCUCCUCAGUCUAUCGAAAAUGCUCACGCCUUACUCUUUCUGGGGGACAAAGUGACCACAGACCAUAUCUCACCAGCAGGCAGCAUUGCUAGAAUCAGUGCCGCUGCCAAGUACCUACAGAGCAAACGGCUUACACCGCGGGAGUUUAACUCGUAUGGGGCUCGCAGAGGGAAUGAUGCAGUGAUGACCAGAGGAACGUUUGCCAGCAUCAAACUGCAGAACAGAUUCAUUGGCAGAUCAGGCCCGAAGACUUUGCACAUUCCUUCAGGCCAGACUCUGGACGUGUUUGAGGUGGCUGAUCGCUAUCAGAGAGACGGUGUUCCCCUCAUCAUCCUCGCCGGUAAAGACUAUGGUUCUGGAAACUCCCGGGAUUGGGUGGCAAAAGGACCAUACCUGCUGGGGGUACGCGCCGUCAUCGCUGAGAGCUUUGAGAAGCUACACAAGAACCAGCUGAUUGGAAUGGGCAUCAUGCCGCUCCAGUUCCUCCCAGGUCAGAAUGCAGACACUCUGGAGCUCAGUGGGAAGGAGAGGUUCAGCAUCAUUGUUCCAGAGAACAUGGGUCCGAGGCACCAGCUCACAGUCAAGACCAGUAAAGGAGCAUCGUUCUGUGUCAUGGCGCUUUUUGACACUGACGUGGACCUUAUAUGUUUCCAACAUGGAGGGCUCCAUAGGUACGUCGCUUGGACUGUGCUCAACAGCAGCUCAGCGCCCAGACCGGACCGCACCGAAUGUUCUACAUGUCCAUAAACAGCAGUCAUUUUAAAGUUUGUGUCUUCAGCUUGAAAAAAAAAGGCUUCACUAAAACAAUGAAGGAGACUCGCUCCUUCUUUUUCCCUGGAGAUCCAACAUUUGAAACAGACGAGUGAUUUUUGUUGAAGAGUUCCUAAAGAACAUCAAAGCCCAGAAGGAGUUUUGGCAUUCUGUGUGGCAAACGGAUCUAAAAUCACUCCAAACUGUCAAGAUGCAUUCCUGGAGUACUCAGAGUUUUUGUUUAUUGAUCCAGGAGGACAUGAGUUUUUGUUUUUCACAAUGUAGAAAAUAAUCUGGUUUGAAAGGUGAAGGUGGUUUUAGUUUCAGAGGCAUGAAUAAACUCUUAUUUAAGA